AGUGGUCCAGUAACUAUUGUUGGCAUCUGAAGAAAAGGUUGGCUCUUGCCCUGUUUUCUUAACCAUCAGUUCAUUACUCAUAAGAACACACACUCCCACCUCUCUGUUUCUGAGAGUCCCACUCUUCUGCUUUUGCGGUUUUGCUAUCUUCAGAGCUUCUUUAACAGAUAUCAGAUUUUUUACCUCUUAUCUCUUCUCCCCUCGUGACCUGCUCAAAUACACAUAAUCGCCCAUCAACUCUCUUCUCUCUCCUUCCCCCAUUCCCUUCCAUCCCAACCCCCCCAGUUUUGAUUGUGGGGCUAAAUUUUCCCUUUUGAACUCUCAUCGGGUAUAUUUUCAUUUUGCUGACUUCUGAUUCUUCACUGCAAAACCCAUCCACUGUUAGAUUGUGAUUUUUGAGCUUUGUGCCUUUCUUUCCUGUUCUUAGUCUUUUCUCCCAUCUCCUUGCGAUUUCCCUUGUCCUGUAUAAAUAGAAAGAAUAUCCAUUUUCUUCCUACAUUUCCAAUUGUAGCAAUCCACAUUUUAAGAAUUGCUCCUUCUUGUCAAUUCAUAUAUGGGGUUUUCCAGGGUUUUAGCUUAGAGCACAAAAACUUCCCUUGUUUUUGCAAAUUGGGUUUGGUAAACUCUAGAUUUUCCCUCGUAUACUGUUUGUUGCCUUUUGCUUUUGCUCUUUUAGGGUUCAGGGUUUUGGCCUUUUGCCAAAUUUGGUACAAAGCACGAAGCUUGUUUUCCACUCUUCUUGAUUGACAUUCCUUUGGUGAAGUUUUGAAUUCUCCUUAUUGCCUCUCAAAAGCUUACUCAAUUCUCAGUUUUGAAUUCCCUAAGCUUCUAAAAGCUAAUGAGGAUCAAUUCUCUCUUGUUCAGUCUCCCAUUGUUGAGUUCUAAUUGAAUUGAGACUGUUUGAUUGAAUUUCAGUCAGGGAUUCAUUCCAACAAUGAGCUCCUGCUUGAGUGGAGGUGGACGGGCAGCCUAUACAAUUGACCUUGAUAUUAUUAAAUCCCCCUCAACUUCAACCCGUACCUCUCAUUCUUCGUCGCCUUCUUCGACUAUAUCAGAAUCAAGCAAUUCUCCACUAGCAAUCUCAACUCGAAAGCCAAGGACACCUCGAAAACGCCCAAAUCAGACUUACAAUGAGGCAGCUGCCUUGCUUUCCACAGCUUAUCCAAAUAUCUUCUCCGCCAAGGAUAUAUGUAAGCCUGGCAAAUUCAUCAAGCCCCGUGAGUACUCUUCCUUUUCCUUUGAAGAAACCUCUGGUGAAUUGCUCCUACCUUUCCCAGUUGAGAAACCUGUAUUUCAUAUAGAUUCAACUGUCUAUGGCAAGUCAUACUCGAAUGACAUGGAUGAAAUCGGUUGCCAAACGAAUUCCUCUAAUUUAUCUGAUGGGUACGAAGAUUUCGAUGCAGAAUCUAUCCUUGAUGAGGAAAUUGGAGAGGGUGCUAUAGACAGCAUAAUGGGGGAUAUGAGUGAGUGUGUCGAAGGAGAAUCCACGACUUGCUCUGAUGGCGGUGUUGGUCCGGUUAAUUUCUGUUAUGGUUAUCCUGUGGGAUUAGGACUAGGAUUAGGAUUAGGAUUAGGUGGGAGAUUUGAUUUUGGAUUUGGAUUGAUGAGAGGAGGAGUGGCCAAGGCAUUUAGACAAAGUGACGAGGGAGAUUGGUGGAGAUUUCCUGCUGUUGAUGUUGGUGAAAUUUCACCAAGGUUUAACAAGCCUUUGCCAGCUGAGAAGAAGAAAAAGUUGGAUAAAUUAAACACCAAGCCCUCUUCUUCAACCCCAAAGAAAGAUAUUUCAGUGUCCAUUCCCAAAUCUAGUUCAGCCCUGAGCAAGGAAAAUUCAUCCUCAAGUCCUAAGUCCAGUUCAACAUCAUCAGGCAAGGAAAAUUCAGCCCCAAAUCCUAAACCCAUCCCUGGGGUGCUCUUGAAACUGAAUUAUGAUGAGGUUUUGAAUGCUUGGUCAAAUCGGGGUUCGCCUUUCUCCGAUGAUGGCUCCGAGCUUUCUGGAAGUGAUGCCUUGGCAAGAUUGGCACAGAUAGAUCUAUUUGGUGAGUCUGGGGCCUUGAGGGAAGCAAGUGUUCAGCGGUACAAGGAGAAAAGGCGAACGCGAUUCUUUUCAAAGAAGAUUAGGUAUCAAGUUAGAAAGGUUAAUGCUGAUCAACGACCGAGAAUGAAGGUAUGCAACAAUGCCAACUUGGGGCGAUUUGUUAGAAGGCCAAAUUCAUCUGGGAGUGAAGAAAUAAAGUAGCAAAUGGUCCUUUGGCCUCCCAGUCCUUUUAGCUUUUACCUUAUAGGAGUUCACACUUUUUGUAAGAAUUUUGCAAAUUCCACACACUAAACUGUAGCUAAGGCUAGGUAACAGGGAUGAUUGAAGAGCUGUAGUGUCAUUAUUCCCUCAAUUUUUUGUAGUCUUUAAAUCAACGGUUUGUACUUAGCAGCUUCUUUCAAAUAAGAAGAUUUGUUGGUGAGAA